AUGAAGUCCCUUUUCCUGAUCAUCGCUGGCCUAACUCUGUAUGUGGCCUAUAUAAAUGCCCAGAUUUGCCCAGGUCGUCCAGUCUUUCAGUUGUGCACUGGCGGCAAGGAUGAGGGAAAUCGCAAUGGACGACUUUGCGGCUUGACUGCCCAGAAUGGUAUGUGGUUCUAUAAUAGCCGGAACAGGAAGUGCGAGAAGAUGAACUAUCGCGGCUGUGGCGGCAAUGGCAAUCGCUACUGCCAAGUGGAAGAUUGCAAUCGGUGCAGGCGCUGA